GUGAGUCCGAGUCACGUGAUCGCCGGGUCAGCUGACCAGGCGCGACCGGAAAAAGAAAUUCCUGGGUUCCGGCCUCCUGGCGCGAUGAGGUUCCGGUUCUGUGGUGAUCUGGACUGUCCCGACUGGGUCCUGGCGGAGAUCAGCACACUGGCCAAGAUUUCCUCUGUGAAACUGCGGCUGCUAUGCAGCCAGGUACUAAAGGAGCUUCUGGGACAAGGGAUUGACUAUGAGAAGAUCCUGAAGCUCACUGCUGACGCCAAGUUUGAGUCGGGUGAUGUGAAGGCCACAGUGGCAGUGCUGAGUUUCAUCCUCUCCAGUGCGGCCAAGCACAGCGUCGAUGGCGAAUCCCUGUCCAGUGAACUGCAGCAGCUGGGGCUGCCCAAAGAGCACGCGGCUAGCCUGUGCCGCUGCUACGAGGAGAAGCAAAACCCCCUGCAGGAGCACCUGCGGGCUUGCAGUCUGCGCAUGAAUAGGUUGACAGGUGUGGGCUGGCGGGUGGACUACACCCUGCGCUCCAGCCUGCUGCAGUCCGUGGAAGAGCCCAUGGUACACCUGCGGCUGGAGGUGGCACCUGCCCUGGGGGCCCCGGUGCAGCCUGUUGCCAUGUCCCUCUCAACAGACAAGUUCCAGGUCCUCCUGGCAGAACUGAAGCAGGCCCAGACCCUGAUGAGCUCCCUGGGCUGAGAGAAGGGUGUUCCAGGCCUGUGUGGAACUGCCUUACCUGUGCAGAGUCACUGCUCUCUGGACCUCAGGUGGCGGCCCCAGUUCUAGGACGCUGGGGCCAGACCUCUCCCUGCCUCCCAGGUGCCUGGCUGCCCGGCUGCCCGCUGCAGAAUUCGGUGCAGCGGCCGGAGGGUCUUUUCCAGCACUGCCUCCCCUCCCCUCGGAAGGCACUUGUCGACGUGUUUUCAUGAGCAGGAAGAAUAAACAGAAGUAUAAAGGA